GAGAAUUUCUUGAGCACAUCAACCCACCACAUUCUUUAACAAACACUCUCCUUAACAAUAGCAAUGCGCUUCUCUGUCGUCUCCUUUGUCGCCGUCUUUGCCAUGAUCGCUGGCCCCGCCCUUGCCAAACCGUCCAGUACCCCCUACACUGGUUACGUGUGCCCAGAAUACGACUCACAGGGACAUGGACAAGUGUCGGGCAAGUGCGACAGCCCUCCCUUCUCCGGCGACUACUUUGGAUGCACGUUCUACAACGGCAAAGGCACGGGGAGCAACGCCUGCACAUACCAUAAGACCACUGGACAAUGCACGUCAUCCAAUAGCUACUGCCCCUCGACGGCAUCGUACACCAGCACCAAGAAAAAGCGCUCGCCCGUGGCUGCCCCUGCUACCCCUGGCGGUGUCUUGUAUAAUAAACGCGACUACAAGAACCGUGCCGCCCUCUAGACAAUCUUCCUUUCAUAUUACUUGGACAAUAUACCAAAUCUCUGCAUAUAUUGACGAAUAGACAAUCUCGUUAGCAUUCUACCUGGUACUUUUUAAGUCCCUAUUCUCCGAUGGUGUUUAAUGGUGAUAUGAGCAAGCUGGCAUCAGUUGAUAGCAGAUAGAUAGCGCUCAUUCUGAUUAAUAUACCCUAUGGGUCAACAUUGAUUGGACCUAUAUCAUGAUGGAUUA